GGGAAAAGAGAAAAGUUUGACGUAGUGACGCUUCAGGGCGGUGUUCUCACGUUUCUGAAAAAAAGAAAGGAAGAAAAAAAGCAAAUACUGCUGUGGUACUACAUCUGGAAUACGGAGACGCGUGCUUUGAGAAUCUAUAGUGGGAUACCAUAGAAAAGGCGACUUGUGUUUUCUUCCUGCUCUCUUGCAUUUCAAGGAUUUUUCUUCUCUUUCUCUCUCUCUUACCUGCACGGUUGGCGUGCGGAGUUUUGCAAUAACUGGUUUGGAUGAAAAUAAACGCUGCUCGGGAGUGUUUUCUUUUUGACUACUUCAGAAAAAUGGAAGAAACCCAAAAUGCUGGUCAUUCUGUUUGCAACGAUAGUCUUGCAUUUGACAAGCCUUAUCAUUCUCUUCAUUGCCACUUGUGCCAGCGCUUGGAGAACACAUGGAGAUACGAGUUAUGACCUCUGGUACGACUGCACACAAAUUAACGGAGGAUAUAAAUGCAGUGGAAAUGGUGAUGCAGAUUGGCUUCAAGCGGUGCAGGCCCUGAUGGUCCUCGCCACCAUUUUCUGCCUGAUUUCCUUCAUCAUCUUCCUCUGCCAGCUCUUCACUCUCGUAAAGGGAGGUCGCUUCUUCUUCACUGCCGUUUUCCAGAUCCUUGCAAGUCUGUUUGUGAUGAGCGGUGCCAUCAUCUACACGGUGAUGAGUCCACAGUGGAAAAAUGAUAGUGAUACUUACGGAUAUGCUUUCGUCUUGGCCUGGCUGGCCUUCCCUCUUACGCUCAUCAGUGGCUUAAUUUACAUCAUCCUGAGGAAGAAAGAAUGAGAGUUCAGCCCUCUGGAAUUUUAUUAGAACUGAAAAACUGACUCUUAAAUGGCCGUCUCCUCCAGGCCUAAAUAUUUAGACCUAAUGUGAUUAAAGAAGUUGACCAUUCAUGAAGGUUCGAUACAGCAACGACACAGUGAGCAUGAUGAAAAUUAGUGUCUUUGGCUGGUGAGCCUAUUUUUAUCACAUCUACAUGGCUUUUUUAUUUUUGUUUUUGUAAAUAUGAAGUGUCAAUGAAGGCCCAGAUUAAAAAAAAAAUACUCAUGUAGGAGAGAUACAGUAUAGGAAAAGUAUAAAUUGUUUUUGUUUGUUUUGUAUUGUGUGUUAUAAUCAUUUUCAAUAUCUUGUUUUUAAUAAAGUGUAUUCUCAAAGGGAA